AUGCAUAGAAGGUGUGUGGCAGCCGACUGUGGCCUCCAAAUGUCGGAAUUGGAGAAGAAGCAAAGUCGACAGAAUUGUGGCAAGAGUGGCAAACCCAGAUACCAGCCUUUCGGGGCGGAUUCUGUGGUGGUGGCACAAGUACCUGAAGCAUCAGAAACUCCGAUGCCCAGACAGCCACCCAAAGGGUUGGCCACAGUGCCACAGGUAUUGACUGGGAGUCUCUUGGUGACAGCCUUAGUUGUGCCAGGUGUGCUGCAACACAGAACUGCUCUGGGCCCAGAUGACUUUGAAGCAGAGGCGAAGAAGCAUUUCCAACACUUGGAGCUGACAGCCCUAGCCUGGCAGCGCAUGCAGCGAGACGGCUGGCAAUUGCCCUACCAUUCCUGCUUCUUCUCGAAGAUGAAGUACAGCUGCCGCCUAUGCGGCGUGGGAGGAGCGUGGUGGGAGCUGUUCACCCACGGGGAGGAAGGCCACAUUCACACCAAGAAGCAUCUGAGCAAGAUGGCAGGUGCAUGCAGGCCGAGCCUCAACCGAGACAGCGAGGAGCACGAGCAGCGACCAUGGGAUGACCUGUUGUUUGACUACACGCAAGGACGCCAAACCUCUAUGAAAAAAGCGUUGCUCACAGCUGCCUCGGGGCCGAUUGCUACAGCCAAUGCUGAUGUGACGGCGGCCGCUGUGAUGGUGGCCGAGGCUGUGAAGAAGGCCGCUGCUAGCACUGCCGCUGUCGCUGCCACGCCCCCAACCGAGUUGGCCAGUCCCGUGACGACAAUGGCACUGGUGCCAGCUCGACCGCUGGCUCAACAAAUGGCAGUGGUGCCGGCUCGACAAGUGGCAGUGGUGCCGGUCUCGUUCGCGCCCAAGAUCGAGGCAAAGAAGAUCUCGAACGAGGUCGAGGUCACGGAGGAGAUCUCCGUCAACUUCGUCGACGCCGAGAAGGCGAAGGAAGAGGAGGCAGAGGAGGCAACGGAGAAAGUCCACGACCUCGUCGUCAUCUUCCACCUCAUCAAGAUGCUCACGGAGGUCUGGGUCGUGGCCACUUGCAACUCGGAGAGCAGCGGCAAGGCCAGUGAGGAUGGCUGCAAACUACAACAGAUGUUUGAGGCAGAUCAGGCUGCACAGCCAACCCUUUUACCUCUGCGAGUGAAGGCAAAAGAACAAAACGUGGACUGUAAGAAAAGCAGCGCAAAUCUGGAAUGCUCCAGGGAAAGUUCACAAGCGGAGCAGAAUCUCUUGCAGGCAGCUGCUCCACAAGUCGAAGGAGGUUUAGAUGAUUGGUUGAAGAAGUGGUGUACAGCAGAGGUGCUGGCAGCUUUUGCAAAGGCAUCCUCCCAGGAUACUGCAGUGAAGUCACUCGCCAUAGCGUUGAACUGGCGGCAGAAACACCGCGCCAUCCUGACUGGUGCCAAAGCAUCUUGCUGGCAGGGAGACAUGCGAGUUGUUGCACGUGCUGGGUCUGGACAUCCAGUGAUUUUUAUGUCGAUGGCGCAUCAACCUCCUGCAUCAAACAGUGCUAGCAUUAUUGAGCAUAUGGCCGCAGUUCUGGAAGCUGCAUGCCAACACAUGAAUCAUGGAGCGUGGGGAUUUGACGUGGUUUGCGACUGCCGGGGCUUUCAGCUGAGCAAGAACCUGGAUCCUCGCCCCGCCAUCGCUGCUAUGGAGAUGUUAAAACAUGCCUAUCGGGGACGCCUUCGUCGUGCCCUCGUGGUGAGCGCCCCUUACGCCUUCAAUGGCUUAUGGCAUGUGGUGAAGAGGCCGACAGCUUAG